GAAAAGUCUUUGUUGCUUCUCAGUCUCCAGCUUGAUCCCGCUUCCUCCACAGUCUCAGUCCAGAUCAUUAGAGUCUGAGUCUGUUCCUCAGCAAUUAGAAGCUCAGAUCUGCGUGUUCCCGGCGUGACUGAAGCCUACAGGCGCUUGGAGAGCCUCUCAUUCUGUGCAUAAACAAAGGCAAGAACCUUGGAAGAAGUCAAUGCAGCGCUUACUGUGCGAGAAGGUGAUGGCUUCUGAGAGCAUCAGCCCCAGCGGUGAGGGCAAAGACACCAGCCAGAGGAAGAUCCUCGUCCUCCUGGACCUCUUCUGCCUCUUCCUGGCUGGUUUGCCGUUCCUGAUCAUCGAGUCGAGCGCGGUCCGGCCGUCGCGUGGCUUCUACUGCAGCGACGACUCCAUAAAAUACCCAGCUAAAGACAGGGAGACCAUCAGCGACGGGGUUUUAUCAGCAGUAGGAACGCUCAUCGUCGUCCUCUCGAUCACGAUAGGCGAGAGCUAUCGGAUCCACUUUCUCCACGAGGGCUCCAACGCGUUCGUCAGGAACCCCUACCUGUCGGCCCUCUACAAGCAGGUCGGCGUGUUCCUCUUCGGCGGCGCCAUCAGCCAGUCCUUUACGGAUAUCGCCAAGGUGUCGGUGGGCCGCCUGCGUCCUCACUUCCUGGACGUGUGCAGACCCGAUUUCUCCCGGAUCAACUGCUCGCUGGGUUACAUCACAGAGUACAUGUGCACAGGGGACGAAAGCCAGGUUCAAGAGGCCAGGAAGUCAUUUUUCUCAGGCCACGCCUCUUUUUCCAUGUACACCAUGCUCUAUUUGGCUCUGUACCUACAGUCAAGGUUCACCUGGGAAGGAGCGCGGCUGCUCCGGCCUCUGGUGCAGUUCACACUCCUCAUGAUGGCCUUCUACACCGGUCUAUCGCGGGUCUCUGAUCAUAAGCACCACCCCAGUGACGUCCUGGCUGGAUUUGUACAGGGAGCCCUGGUGGCCUACUGCGUUGCAUACUACAUAUCUGACCUCUUCAGGUCAAAGCACAGGGGCUCCUCCCUUCCACCCACUCCUAUAAAGAAAGAGCUUCUUCCCAGCGUGGAACGGAACAACCACCUGACGUUAGCAUGACUCUGAACAGCCCAGGAUGGGACUGGACUGGUCACUGGGCUAGUCCUGGCUUCGCCCAUCAGCAAGACUGGCCUACACUGGACAGAUGUAAACCACAUGUGAAUCUCAACAUGCCAAAUCGAAGGCAUGUCGAAAACCGGGCCUCUGCUCGAGCCUCUUGUUUGUUUCUCCACCCGAAUUGUGAAUUCUCGACAGCUCAAAAGGACAGCGAAGCUAUGUCUGAGAGGAUGCAGAUAUAUAACCUUUGUGUGAAACAAAUUCCUAGGUAGGAGGAAGGAUUUUUUUUUAUAAAAAUGCAAAUGAAUAUUUUUUUAUAUUACAUUUCAAAUAAUUAUAAGUUAUAAAAUGCCUUGAUCUGUUACUAGCGAAAGCCCUGAACCAUGUUAUUGAAAAAAAAAGAAAUUGACAUGUAGUUUUAUAGUUAUUGUGACUCAAUAUUUAAUUUUUUUUUUUUUAAAUAAUUUCAA